AUGCUAGCUCUUAGCCACUUUUAUUAUUUAACAAUAUUUGUUUAUAUCGUUUUUUGCCUACAAACUGUGCAAAGUGAUUUGCAAAUUUCACCGGAAGAUGUAGAAUACGCUACCAAACGUAUUGCUAAUAGACAUAGAGCAGUGCAUUUCAAAAGCCAACCUUAUUUUAGACACGUAACAGAAUCCAACAUAAACUCAUUCACAUCCGUUGCACAAAGAAAAUCUGGAAUAAAACAACAGCAACAGCCUCAACAUGAUGUUGAAGACAUGCCACAAAUGGAAGCACACAGUGAAGACGUACUUAGUGGUGGCAAAGAAAGCUCUCCAACCCACAAUCGUUGGUGUAUGAAAAAUAAUUCCAAGAAAGUUGAUGCUGCACAGUCAACAACUUUAAGCAAACAACAUGAAAUUAAACCAAUAGAGGGAGUACAAGAGGAACAGGCACCACAGGAUCGGCAACAAGAUGCAGGGGCAAAACCAAUAAUACAAAAUGGUGUAAAUCAACCACAUAAUCAUCAAAAUCAGCAACAUCUAACAGUCAAUCAAGCUAAAGUGAAGCAACAGCUGUCGCCGCAUCAUUUUAAAUUGUUAAAUGUGGUGAAUCAUAGAAAUAAACGACAGACUCCUGCUGUGAACAACAAUAAUAGCAAUAACAAUGGCAAUCAACAGCAGCACUCAACAUUUACCAUUCAAUAUUAUCCCUACCAACAGCAGCCGGAACAACAGCAACAACAAACGGCAGUACAAUACCAGCUGCAAGAACAGCAACCACAACAAUAUCAAUUACAAUACUAUCAACCCAGUCAGAGCCAAAGCCAGCAUCAACAAAAUUACAACAAUAUUGAACUAAUUGUAAAUGGAAAUAGUUUGUCAACAUUUUCACAAUCAACAGCGGCAUUAGCAGCAGCAACAAACAUACAACAGCAAGAACUACCAAUGACACUAGCAAUCUCACUACCAAUAGCAACAUCAACACCUAAACCUAAACCUUUACAAGGACUUCCAACAUUAACAACUCCCUCAUCAUUGCUUCCAUUAACAACUGUAAAUCCCUUUAAACCUCUUUUACCUCUAGAAAUAAUCAACGACUUCAAUGAUGGUCCCACCACGCCCCCUCCUCCCCUUGUAUGUCAAAUGUGUUGUGUAACAAAUGAGUUUCCUUGUUCGCAGUGUUGUGAUGGCACUCCUCUGCUAAAUGCUCAAACUUUAAAAACUUUGGGUGGUUAAUUUCUUUCCAU